AAAGAUUGGGUGGGUGGCCGCGGGCUAGGGGUUCCGUCUGCACUCGGUCGUUGGGGCUCUCUGGACGCGAGAGGCGGACUCGGCUUCCUCGCUGCUGGUCGGGAAGCUCUCUGAAAAUUACCCCCAUCGGCGCGCGAGGAUAAAUAUGCGCGGCUUGUGAUUCCGUGCAGCUCUCUCGCUCCCAGCUGAUAGGGUGACGUUGGGUUUGGAGGCUUGGAGAUUGGCUUUUUGAUUUGGCUGCUUCCUGCAGCUUAAUGGGCAAAGCUCUCGGCUCGCCCAGAAACCAGACCCUCCGCGCGUUCCCUCCGCGCGACGAGGCCGAGACGAGUCCCGCGGUGACGGCGUGCAAGGCGGUGAGCCAGCGCGCUCCCAGCCCCGGGAAAGCCCCGGCGACGCGACUGCAAGCCCUGGGCCCUCGGAGACGCUAGGGCUCACCGAGCCGCUCGCCUUCUUGCCCCUCCCGGCAGGGAUCCCCUCGCUGCCUGCGGCCGGGACUCCGGGCCUCUUCGGGGCUUAGUCCCGAGUCCGCCCCCGGGUCGGGGUUUUCCGGGGGGGUCUACGGAGCAGUUCUCCCUGCUCCUUAAAACAGCGCCGAGGGACCCCUCCCCAGGCCCCCUGCUUUGGCCCCAGCCCUCGCACUCCGAAUGCGCUGCCCCGCAGCUCCCUGAAAGCCGCUAGCCCACGAGCCCGGCCGGUGGGCGGCGGCGGCGGACUGACAUGCCCCGGACGCGGCUGCGGCCGGCGGGCAGCCCGCGGGGGCGAUGAGCCGCUGCGGCCGGUGAGGAGCCCGGCGGCGGGGGCAUCGCGCACCUUCCUCACCCCCCUCACUUGCCCACCCCGCACGGGAAAUCGACAGGAAACGGUCUCUGGACUGUCAGGUGGACCAUUGGUGCUGCAGUGGAAGCCAGCGGCUAAGUCUCGUGUAUGGCGUGGUUAAGGUUGCAGCCUCUUACCUCUGCCUUCCUCCAUUUUGGGCUGAUUACCUUUGUGCUCUUCCUGAAUGGUCUUCGGGCAGAGGCUGGCGGCUCAGGGGAUGUGCCCAGCACAGGGCAGAACAAUGAGUCCUGUACAGGGUCAUCGGACUGCAAGGAGGGUGUCAUCCUGCCAAUCUGGUACCCGGAGAACCCUUCCCUUGGAGACAAGGUUGCCAGGGUCAUUGUCUAUUUUGUGGCCCUGAUAUACAUGUUUCUCGGGGUGUCCAUCAUUGCUGAUCGCUUCAUGGCAUCUAUCGAAGUCAUCACGUCUCAAGAGAGAGAGGUGACUAUCAAAAAGCCCAAUGGAGAGACCAGCACAACCACGAUUAGGGUCUGGAACGAAACUGUCUCCAAUCUGACCCUUAUGGCCCUGGGUUCCUCUGCUCCUGAGAUCCUCCUCUCUUUAAUUGAGGUGUGUGGUCAUGGGUUCAUUGCUGGUGAUCUGGGACCUUCUACCAUUGUAGGCAGCGCAGCCUUCAACAUGUUCAUUAUCAUUGGUAUCUGCAUCUACGUGAUCCCCGAUGGAGAGACUCGCAAGAUAAAGCACCUCCGAGUCUUCUUUGUCACCGCUGCUUGGAGCAUCUUUGCCUACAUCUGGCUCUAUAUGAUCCUGGCCGUCUUCUCUCCUGGUGUGGUCCAGGUUUGGGAAGGCCUCCUCACUCUCUUCUUCUUUCCAGUGUGUGUCCUUCUCGCCUGGGUGGCAGAUAAGCGACUGCUCUUCUACAAAUACAUGCACAAAAAGUACCGCACAGAUAAACACCGAGGAAUCAUCAUAGAGACAGAGGGUGACCACCCCAAGGGCAUCGAGAUGGAUGGGAAAAUGAUGAAUUCCCACUUCCUAGAUGGGCAUCUGGUGCCCCUGGAAGGGAAGGAAGUGGAUGAGUCCCGCAGGGAGAUGAUCCGGAUUCUCAAGGAUCUGAAGCAAAAACACCCAGAGAAGGACUUAGAUCAGCUGGUAGAGAUGGCCAAUUACUAUGCUCUCUCCCAUCAACAGAAGAGCCGCGCCUUCUACCGGAUCCAGGCCACCCGUAUGAUGACUGGCGCAGGCAAUAUCCUGAAGAAGCAUGCAGCAGAACAAGCCAAAAAGGCCUCUAGCAUGAGCGAGUUGCACACUGAUGAGCCGGAGGACUUUGUCUCCAAGGUCUUCUUUGACCCGUGCUCUUACCAGUGCCUGGAGAACUGUGGGGCUGUGCUCCUGACAGUGGUGAGGAAAGGGGGGGACAUGUCCAAGACCCUGUACGUGGACUACAAAACAGAGGAUGGUUCUGCCAAUGCGGGGGCUGACUAUGAGUUCACAGAGGGCACUGUGGUUCUGAAGCCAGGAGAGACCCACAAGGAGUUCUCUGUGGGCAUCAUUGAUGAUGACAUUUUUGAGGAGGAUGAACACUUCUUUGUGAGGUUGAGCAACGUUCGCCUAGAGGAGGAGCAGCCAGAGGAGGGGAUGCCUCCCAGAGUACUCAAUAGUCUUCCCUUGCCUCGGGCUGUCCUGGUGUCCCCUUGUGUGGCCACAGUCACCAUCUUGGAUGAUGAUCAUGCGGGCAUCUUCACUUUUGAAUGUGACACUGUUCAUGUCAGUGAAAGUAUUGGUGUCAUGGAGGUCAAGGUUCUGCGGACAUCAGGUGCCCGGGGCACAGUCAUCGUACCCUUUAGGACAGUCGAAGGGGCCGCCAAGGGUGGUGGUGAGGAUUUUGAAGACGCAUAUGGGGAGAUGGAGUUCAAGAACGAUGAAACUAUCAAAAUAAUUCACAUCAAGGUAAUUGAUCAUGAGGCGUAUGAGAAAAACAAGAAUUACUUCAUUGAGAUGAUGGGCCCCCGCAUGGUGGAUAUGAGUUUUCAGAAAGCGCUCCUGUUGUCUCCAGAGGUGACAGACAGGAAGCUGACUGUGGAGGAAGAGGAAGCCAAGAGGAUAGCAGAAAUGGGAAAGCCAAUAUUGGGUGAACACCCCAAACUAGAGGUCAUCAUUGAAGAGUCCUAUGAGUUCAAGACCACCGUGGACAAGCUGAUCAGGAAGACAAACCUGGCCUUGGUUGUGGGGACCCAUUCCUGGAGGGACCAGUUCAUGGAGGCCAUCACUGUCAGUGCAGCAGGGGACGAGGAUGAGGAUGAGUCAGGCGAGGAGAGGCUGCCCUCCUGCUUUGACUACGUCAUGCACUUCCUAACGGUCUUCUGGAAGGUGCUGUUUGCCUGCGUGCCCCCCACAGAGUACUGCCACGGCUGGGCCUGCUUUGUCGUCUCCAUUCUCAUCAUCGGCAUGCUCACUGCCGUCAUCGGGGACCUGGCCUCCCACUUCGGCUGCACCAUUGGCCUCAAGGACUCGGUCACGGCUGUUGUUUUCGUGGCGUUUGGCACCUCUGUGCCAGAUACGUUUGCCAGCAAAGCAGCCGCCAUCCAGGACGUGUACGCAGAUGCUUCCAUUGGCAAUGUCACGGGCAGCAACGCCGUCAACGUCUUCCUGGGCAUUGGCCUGGCCUGGUCCGUGGCCGCCAUCUACUGGGCCCUGCAGGGACAGGAGUUCCACGUGUCAGCGGGCACGCUGGCCUUCUCCGUCACCCUCUUCACCAUCUUUGCGUUUGUGUGUAUCAGCGUGCUCUUGUACCGCCGGCGGCCCCACCUGGGCGGGGAGCUGGGCGGCCCUCGUGGCUGCAAGCUGGCCACGACUUGGCUCUUUGUGAGCCUGUGGCUUCUCUACAUACUCUUUGCCACGCUGGAAGCCUACUGCUACAUCCAGGGGUUCUGAGCCGCAGCAGCCCUGGAGAGGCAGCAUCAGGACCCGAGCCCCAGGAACUUCACCCGACUAGGCCCUGCCAGUGAACUGAAAGGGCGGAGUCUUAAUCAAUCCAACAGAAUGGAGGAAAUACCCAUUUUACAAAGUAUUUAAUUCAAUACAAACCAACAACAGCGACAAAUCCAACUCCGGCCCAUCUUCCCGCGAUGUCCCUGACCCAUCACAUAGACCCCUUCGCCACCUUCUAUUCCACCUUCUUCUGAUUUUUCCUUUGCUUCUCCUUUCCUCAGGGGCAGGGUUUCUCCUGUCUGUCCAAUUUGAUACGUCCCCGUUCUCUCACUCCACUGGAGAGGCUCGAAAAUGAGUUCUAUCCACGUGGAUGGCUUGGGGUUCUCUUUUCAUUGCCAUCAUUGUCGUGGUGGCUUUCAUUCUCCCAUCAGGUUUUGCUCAUCAUUUGUUUGUUCAUCUUGUCUUUUCUUUCUGAGGUUAGUGACAACGGUGCUGUGAAGGAACUCAAGGUCUGAGCCGAUGGGUACAAGCACGAACUUUCAGACACACCCUCUCCCGCUUGCACUGGGUUAACAGCUGUCUCUUGCUCCAUUGAGGUCCUUUCCCCCUUCUCCUUUUAUGCUCUUCAUUCUUGAAUGGACUGGUGGCAUUUGGGUGGCAGUAAGUUUGCACACCCAGGCAGGGCACUAAAGAACUGGGGCUGUGGCUGGAGCACAGCUUUCUAUCAAGCUUCUGUUGAAAUCCAAUUUAAAACAAGAAGUCAUUUUUCUCUUCCCUGCCUGAGCCUUUCAAAUUCUGUCUCUUUGUGCCAAUGUCUAGAUGUUUACCCUUCUGCAGGAAGACCCACCAAGCGGGAGCUAGGGGACAAAAAUAGGAAUGGAAUAUGAUGACACAGGGCAGCUAGGGAAACAGAAGGGCUAUAUGCCUUCUAGAACAUCUUUGGCUUCGUCUCUGAGGCAGGAGAGACGCGGUGUCUGGCUAGUGAGAUCUUUAAGGGAAAAGAUUGUAUGUAAAAUGUCAGUGCUUCUGAGAAAUGUCAGCUUUACCGCACCCUCACUUCCUAAUGCACCAGACUAAGAGCUCUGACUGUGUCUCUUGAUUUAAUGCAAAAACUUAGAGUUUUAUAAGAAAAUGAAGGCCUCCUUCCACCUCUCCUGGACUCUCCGGUCACAUUUGAAAGCAUUUUCACAAGACAGGAACUGGAAUUCCUCAUCUCUCCCACAUUCCUGCUUGUUUUUAAACCUCUUGAAGCUCUUUUUCCAGCCUGUGGGCUAUUUCUUGUCCCAGUAGGAGGAAUCUAAGCUGCCAUAAUCCCAAGGAGCCUGGGUUUAUAGAGAGAUUGGCGUGCCCUACAGACCUUUUCCCAACAAAUUUUGAAAGGACCUGGCUUUAAAACACACACACACAUGCACACACCUA